AGUUUUUGUUUGAAUUUUUGUUGUCAUCAAAAUUAUGUAUUCAAACAAAGCCGAAAGGGAUCGAACAUUUCAACGAAUUGAUAAUAAUCAAAUUGAUUGGGAUGGAAUACGUUUUCCAUAUAAAUCUGUUUAUGGUAUACCGAAAUCUUUGAAUUGUGACGAAUCAAUUCAUGAAAGAUUUGAUCAAUGUGAAUAUUCAAUUCAACGAAAAUGGGAAGUUAGUAUACCGGAUUAUUUUUAUAAAACCAAAAAAUUUUGCUGUUUUGUUUGGGAAACAAUGGAUUGUGAGAUUGGUGUAGUGACACAAUGUUCACAAGAAUAUUCGGAAAAAUUAGCAUCCAAUACUAAAGAAACAUUUACAAAAGUAUGUGCUCAAAUUGUUGGUUCUGGUUAUGAUAUUUCGUCAUGUUGGUGGACAGCAGAACGACAAAAACAUGCAAUUAUUGCAGCCAUUGUUAUAGGUAUUAUCCUUGCAGUAAUUAUAAGCGCUUCAAUAUAUGGUUGUGUGUAUUGUCAUCGUAAAAAAGCUGCUGCUAAACUAGCAAAUGAAAUUGUUAAAGAUGGUAAAUUAUCACGACAAUCAUCAACAAGAUCAAUUAGUAAUAAAAAUGGUAAUAUUGCUGUCAUCAAAGACGGUAAAUUAUCACGACAAUCAUCAACAAGAUCAACUAGUAAUAUAAAUGGUAAUAUUGCUGUCAUCAAAGACGGUCAAUUAUCACGACAAUCAUCAACUAGAUCAACUAGUAAUAAAAAUGUUAAUAUUGUUGAUUCUGGUAAUUUAUUUGGCAAAAUUAGACAACCACCGGAAGGAUUACAACAACCGUCAUUAUCUCGUAACUCAUCGAUAAAUAAUUCAUCAACAUUAUUAAAUCAACCAAUACCUAACGUCGAACAACCACCAUCAAUACUUAAUGUUGAACAACCACCAUCAAUACUUAACGUCGAACAACAGUCACCAACGAUACUUAACGUCGAACAACCACCAUCAAUACUUAACGUCGAACAACAGCCACCAACGAUACUUAACGUCGAACAACAGCCACCAACGAUACUUAACGUCGAACAACCACCAUCAAUACUUAACGUCGAACAACAGCCACCAACGAUACUUAACGUCGAACAACCACCAUCAAUACUUAACGUCGAACAACANCCACCAACGAUACUUAACGUCGAACAACCACCAUCAAUACUUAACGUCGAACAACAACAAUCGACCGUCAAUAAACUAAAGUCUCAUAAACCAUCAAUAAAUUCAAUAAGUAAGAAUGAAAGUGGUAAUAUUUUGGAUAUUAAAGAUGAUAAAUUAUCACGAAAUUCAUCAAUAAAUUCAACAAGUAGUUUCAAAAGUGCUGUUGAUCCCGAUGAUUUAUUUAAACCGGAAGAAUUACCACAACCAUCAUUAUCACGUAAUUCUUUGAUAAAUGAAUCAUCAACAUCAUUAAAUCCACCAAUACUUGACGUCGAACAACCACCAACAAUACUCAACGUCGAACAACCACCAUCAAUACUUAACGUCGAACAACCACCAUCAAUACUUAACGUCGAACAACAACCACCAUCAAUACUUAACGUCGAACAACAACAAUCGACCGUUUUACCUUCAACUUUGAAAAAUGAUACUAAAGCACCAGAAUCAGAAUCAUGGUUUAAUAAAGUAAAAAAGAAUUUUAUUGACCAAACAAUAGACAAGUUUCGGUCUAAAAUUUUAACAUCAGAUCCAACACAAGAUGAUCCAUGGGCAACACCAAAAUCAUGGACGGAUAAACUAGGAUCUUGGCUAGCAGAUAAUAUUGCUGCAGAACUUGAAGAGGCUGAUUAUCUUAUUGACCCAAAUACUGGUGAAUAUCUUGCUCAAGCAUCAGAACCUGCACCGGCACCAGCUUCAUCAUCAAAACCAUCAUCAUGGACGGAUAUAUUCAAAUCUUGGCUAAGAACAAAUGUUCCUCCAGAAUUUGACGAGACUCAUGUUAUUGACCCAAAUAACAAUAGUCAAUUGCUUUCGCGAGCACCAGAAACAGCACUAGCAUCAACAUUAGAAAAAUCAUGGACGAAGAAACUAGGAUCUUUUGUAGCAGAAAAUCAAUCAACAUUUGCACCAUUAGCACCAUCAUCAAUUUAUGAACAAAUUAAACCUUGGAUACCAGAUAAAUAAUAUCCAGAUAUAAAUAUUAAUGAUGAUUAUAUGAUUGAAUCUUAAAAGGUUCCACCUACCAGCGAUGAUCAUAAUAUGCGUCGUUUUUAAAUAAUCAAAAAAUUCUAUGGGCUAUGGUUUAAGA